ACACAUAAUCUACAGCUUCCUUAAAUUUCCUCAUCUUUUUAUUUCUUCUUUGGCUUGUCUUCCAAAAAAUGGCUCCUACAAUGGAUCAUGUAAUAAUGGACUCUCCAAAGAAGAGAGCUUACGUAACUUUCUUGGCCGGAACCGGUGACUAUGUCAAAGGUGUGGUCGGCUUAGCCAAGGGUUUAAGGAAGACCAAAACCGCUUACCCUCUCGUGGUGGCUAUUUUGCCUGAUGUGCCGGAGGAGCACCGCCAGAUUCUGGAGUCUCAGGGCUGUAUUGUUAGGGAGAUUGAACCUGUUUAUCCACCGGAAAACCAGACUCAGUUUGCUAUGGCUUAUUACGUGAUUAACUACUCUAAACUGCGUAUUUGGGAGUUUGUGGAGUAUGAGAAGAUGAUAUAUUUAGAUGGAGACAUUCAAGUGUUUGAGAAUAUCGACCACCUUUUCGAAUCACCAAGUGGCUAUUUCUACGCUGUGAUGGACUGUUUCUGCGAGAAAACUUGGAGCUACUCGCCACAGUAUAAGAUUGGCUACUGCCAACAGUGCCCGGAAAGAGUUCACUGGCCGUCGGAGAUGGGGCCGCCGCCUCCCCUGUAUUUCAAUGCCGGCAUGUUUCUGUUUGAGCCUAAGCUUUUCACUUACUUUGAUCUCUUGGAGAAUGUCAAAAUCACCCCUCCUACUUCAUUUGCUGAGCAGGACUUUCUGAACAUGUACUUCAAGGAUGUGUACAAGCCUAUCCCGCCAGUAUACAAUCUUGUUUUGGCUAUGCUCUGGCGACACCCUGAAAAUGUCGAGUUCGACAAAAUCAAGGUUGUCCAUUACUGUGCUGCGGGCUCGAAGCCAUGGAGGUACACCGGCGAGGAAGAAAACAUGGAGCGAGAGGACAUAAAAACACUGGUGAAGAAAUGGUGGGAUAUCUAUGAAGAUGAGUCACUGGACUUGAAGAAUGUUCAUGAACCAGCUGAUAAUGGAAAACUCGGUUCCAUAAUCGCUGCGAUGACCCCCGCCGAGGACGGUGUGGUUCGCCAGAGGACUGCUCCAUCUGCUGCUUAAACAAGUUCAUUAGGGCAAAAAUGUGCAGCCCCAGUAAUAUGAUUAUGAACCAUAUAUAUAUGCAUAUAUAGAGUGUGUGUGUGUAUGAUGAAUGUGCAGUAGCAUGUCUUUGAGUUGGGUUAUUAUGUAUGGUUAUUGCAACCUUUGGCUGCUACUUAUAUAUAUUGCUGCAAACAAAUAAGUCAAUUAUCUCAAUGUGUAAUGCUUAUUAUAAGGUUAUCUUUACUUACUUUA